AUGUCCAAAGUAAUCAUUCCUUAUAAAUAUCAAAUAGAGUUAGAUGACGAACUGCCAUUAUGGCAUGAGUUGGAAAGCAAGCAUUCAGUUCAUUUUCUCAAAUAUCAUAUGGGUACUCCCGAAGAAUUCAUACAAUAUAUCAAUGAAGAACAAAUAAACUGCAUCUGGAUAACAGAAGAUUUUUUUACCUAUUUAGGUGGCCCAGCACCUUACUGGGACCAUUUCCCAGAUUCUUUAAAGGCAAUUGUAGUUCCAUGGGUUGGUUGUGACUUCAUUGACGGGAAGAGAUUAUGGGAAGAAAAAGGAAUUGUACUUUGUAAUGUUGGUCCAAACGCUGCAUCAAAUGUAAGUGAAUUGUGUCUUUAUUUGGUUUUAAGUUGUUUCAGAAUGACAAGUUUUUCUGAAUAUUGUUUUAAAUUCAUUGAUACUGGUGAUGUUGAUGCUUGCAAAGAUCAUAUUGGUAGUAAGAAAAGUGACGUCAUUACACAUACUUUGACUAAUAAUGAAGGAAAAUCGUUUGAAUAUAAGUAUCCAAAGAAGAAAACAAGAGGUGAAGUUCCAAUUAAUAUUGUGCAAAAUUAUAAUUUUGGAGGUAAGCAUAUUGUUUCACCAUCUAAUAAGAAUGCAUUAAUUUUAGGAUUUGGCUCUAUUGGACAAAUGAUAGGUAAAAAGUUAAACUCUGCGUUUAAUAUGAAAAUUCAUUAUUAUAAAAGAACAGGUCCAGUACCAAAGGAUAUUUUAGGUUAUGAAGCUACAUAUGUCAAUUCUUUGGAUGACUCAAAAGUUUGGUGUGACAUCGACGUUAUUAUACUAUCUUUACCAAGCAAUCCAGAGUCCGACAAUAUUAUUAACAAAAAAACAUUAGCUAUGUGCAAAGAUGGUGUAAGAGUUGUUAAUGUGGGUCGUGGGUCAUGUAUUAAUGAAGAUGAUCUUUUGGAUGCAUUAGAUUCUGGGAAAGUUAAUAGUUGUGGUUUAGAUGUUUAUAAAAAUGAGGAGACUAAAGUCAAUGAAAAUUUAUUAUCAAGAUGGGAUGUCACUGCAUUGCCACAUAUGGGGAGUGCUGAAUAUGAUAUCGUACUUUUGGAAACCCAGAUUACCUUGGAAAAUAUUGAAGAUAUAUUUGUUAAGGGAGGUCAUGGUAUAUACACAGUUAACAGAUAA